UGAACGGCGGCUAAAGGCCAAUCCUGUAAUGGAAAAGGAGUAUAAAAGGUUCAUGGUAGAAUACGAGCAGUUGGGACACAUGGUGAAACUCACCGAACCUGUCGACGAUAGUGAGCCGCACUGCUACAUCCCUCAUCAUGCCGUGAUUAAGGAGUCGAGUUCUUCAACCAAGGUUCGUGUGUUAUCAUACACGGCCAGAAUCUUCGAUCCUCUUGGUCUGUUGGGACCAACGGUGAUACUCGCCAAGAUGUUCCUGCAACGCCUAUGGGGAUUGAAGCACGAGGGGAAGACGCUGGACUGGAAUCGUCCGCUACCAGCGGAGAUUCAGGAAGAGUGGAGGAGGUUCCACUCAACGCUCUAUGUGUUACGCGAACUGCGAGUACCUCGAUUGGUGGCACAUAGCAAUCCGGAAAGGCUGCAGCUGCAUCUCUUCGCGGAUGCAUCUCAAGGAGCCUAUGGAGCAUGUUGUUACGUACGCUCGGAUUCGACACGGGGCUCUACGGUUAGAUUGCUAGCGGCUAAGUCCAAGGUGGUGUCCCUCUCAAACACACAUUCCAUCGCCAGAUUAGAACUGUGUGCAGCACGGCUAGCAGUACACCUGUUCCAGAAGGUGAUUCGAGCACUCAACGUUUCAUCGUCGACGGUUAUCUGUUGGACAGAUUCCAUGACCGUCAUGCAUUGGCUCAAAUCAUCACCUCGUCGAUGGAAGCCGUUCGUCGCCAACAGGGUGGCGCAAAUACAAGAGGAGACCCGAAUUUCAUGCUGGCGUCAUGUUCCUGGUAGCGAUAACCCGGCGGAUGAUAUAUCGCGCGGGUUGAGGCCCGAAGAGUUACUGCAGUGCGAGCGAUGGUGGCAGGGGCCACGUUGGUUGUCCUACGGACAGGAAGAGUGGCCGGUGGAACCAGUACUCGCGAAAGAGAACGAGACGGACAUCGAGGAGCGGUUAGCGGUGUCCAAAAUAGUCAUCACCUCUACGACGUGUGACUUUAGCAACACACUUUUCGCACGUUAUUCCUCGUACGGCAAGUUGCGAAGGGUUGUUGCUUAUUGCUUGCGAAUCCUCUCCAACCUCAGGGCGAGCAAGUCAACGUCGAUCAACAGCGUCAAGCGGAAUACGGACAUGAAGACGCUAUUGAGUUCCGUUCCACCGCUUACAGCGGCGGAGUUGCAGGAUGCGGAACUGAGGUUGUGUCAACGGGCACAACAUGAUUCGUUUGCGGAGGAGAUGGACGACCUGAAACGAGGAAAGCUGGUGAGCGGAAGGUCGAGACUAAAGUGGUUGUCUCCAUACCUCGACCCAAAGGGUGUGUUACGCGUCGGUGGCCGGCUUGGUAACGCCAACAUACCAGAGUCAACCAAACAUCCGAUUGUCCUCGCUGCAUCACAUCGGCUGUCGACACUACUGGUCGAGAACACUCAUCAUCAAAAGAUGCACGCGGGGCCACAAUUCAUGUUAGCAACAAUCCGGCAGAAGUUUUGGUUGAUUGGGGGCCGAAACUUAGCAAAGAGCGUGUACCAUCGAUGCCACACAUGCUUUCGGAACAAGCCAACGCUGGUGAAACAGGCGGUAGCUGAUUUGCCUAAGUCACGAGUGACACCAACGCGACCGUUUGCCGUCAGCGGCGUCGACUACUGUGGGCCGUUUUUGUUAAAGUCGACCGUCCGCAACCGAAGCCCAACGAAGGCAUACAUCGCGAUAUUCGUAUGUUUCGCGACAAGGGCAGUCCAUAUCGAGCUGGUGAGUGAUCUCACAUCGACUGCUUUCCUAUCAGCACUACGUCGCUUUGUCGCGAGACGUGGUAAAGUAGCCGAAUUGCAUUCGGACAAUGCAACGACGUUCAAGGGCGCGGCACACGAGUUGCAUCGCAUCUAUAGGAUGCUGAAAAUCGAUGAGGGUGAUAGGAGAGCGAUCUUUGAUUGGUGCGCAGAGAACGAACUGGUAUGGAAGUUUAUCCCCCCGCGUGCGCCUCAUUUUGGAGGACUUUGGGAAGCGGCAGUUAAGUCCGCUAAAAGGCAUCUGUUAAAGACGAUAGGAGUUAGAAGUGUGACGCAAGAAAAUAUGCUUACCCUUCUGGCACAAGUUGAGCUUUGUUUAAAUUCGCGUCCAUUGAUACCAAUAUCAGAUGAGCCAACAGAUUUGGAAGCACUAACCCCGGGCCAUUUCUUGAUAGGGAGUAGCAUGCAGGCGGUACCACAAGUAGAUCUUAGCAAGAUUUCUCCGAACCGUUUGAAGGAGUACCAAUUAGUGCAAAGGCAGAUGCAAGAGAUUUGGGCACGGUGGUACCCAGAAUAUCUACAGCAGCUACAGGCCAGGGCAAAGCACGCGAACAAUACACCGGUGAAGCUAGAAGUGAACCAAUUAGUGAUCGUGAAAGAAGACAAUACCCCACCUGCAGUUUGGCCAAAAGGGCGAAUAACAGCUUUGCACCCAGGAAAGGACGGUGUAGUGAGAGUAGUAACUUUACGAGUGGGCACAGGAAAAGAAAUUGUUCGAGCCGUCAGCAGAAUCGCGUUACUACCCAAUCCAAUCGAACAGAGAGGUUAGAGCGGAAGAAGGAUACACGUGGGAAAUAG